CACACCAUCUAGCGAAGUCAAAUUAGGCAGCUCUGCCAAAUCAACGUAUCAUCACAAAGCUUCCCUGCCUUCUCUCUCUACAAAUCUCAAUUCGCAGCUGCAGCAGCAUUUACACCAUCCCUCCACCUACUUUUUUAGGCAAUCUAAAAGCAGCGAGGAAUUGCUUUCCGGAUUGCUGCUCAUUUUCGCUGCGAUUAGGAGCUGCUAAUCGAGAAAUUAAUUAGCUCUAGCGAAUUCUGAUGGCUGCUGUGGGCGAAUGGCACUGUGAAAAGAGGCCUUUCGAUAAGAGUGAAUCAUUUGCGAAUAAUAAUGAGAAUGUGCCUGACACUGGUUGCCUCUCCAUCAUUGUCCUCGGUGCUUCCGGUGAUCUCGCUAAGAAGAAGACGUUUCCUGCUCUCUUUAACCUUUACCGGCAGGGAUUUUUGCAAUUAAAUGAUGUUCACAUAUUCGGUUAUGCAAGGACCAAGAUCUCUGAUGAUGAUUUGAGAGAUCGGAUCAAAGGGUAUCUUCCCAAUGGUAAUGAUGUCACUGAAGAUGUCAAAAACUUUCUAUUGUUGAUUAAAUAUGUGAGUGGUUCAUAUGAUGCUCCGGAAGGGUUCCAAGCACUAGACCAGGCAAUAUCUGAGCACGAGUUCUCAAAAAACAGUAUAGAAGGAUCAUCCCGCAGGCUUUUCUACCUUGCACUUCCACCGUCUGUUUAUCCGCCAGUCUGCAGAAUGAUCAAGAGUCACUGCAUGAAUAAAUCUGAUCUUGGUGGAUGGACUCGUAUUGUUGUUGAGAAGCCUUUUGGAAGGGAUUUGGAAUCAGCUGAGGAACUGAGCUCACAAAUAGGUGAAUUGUUUGAAGAACCACAGAUUUAUCGUAUUGACCAUUAUCUGGGAAAGGAAUUGGUGCAGAACCUGUUGGUACUUCGAUUUGCAAAUCGCUUAUUUUUACCUCUCUGGAACCGUGAUAACAUUGCUAACGUACAGAUUGUGUUCAGAGAAGAUUUUGGAACUGAUGGACGUGGUGGAUACUUCGACCAGUAUGGAAUCAUCCGUGAUAUUAUCCAGAAUCACCUAUUGCAGGUUCUUUGCCUUGUUGCAAUGGAGAAACCUGUCUCCUUGAAACCUGAGCAUAUUCGGGACGAGAAAGUGAAGGUUCUUCAAUCAGUUCUUCCAAUAAAAGACGAAGAGGUGGUGCUUGGACAAUAUGAAGGCUACAAGGAUGACCCAACCGUUCCAGACAACUCAAAUACUCCUACUUUUGCAACAGCGAUUCUGCAUAUACAUAACGAAAGAUGGGAAGGUGUGCCUUUUAUACUCAAGGCAGGAAAAGCUUUAAAUUCACGAAAAGCAGAAAUUCGGGUUCAGUUCAAGGAGGUUCCUGGUGAUAUCUUUAAAUGUCAAAAGCAAGGAAGAAAUGAAUUUGUAAUCCGUCUGCAACCUUCCGAGGCGAUAUACAUGAAACUAACGGUGAAGCAGCCUGGGUUGGAAAUGUCAACUGCUCAGAGCGAACUCGACUUGUCAUAUAGACAACGCUACCAAGGGGUUGUCAUACCUGAAGCCUAUGAACGCCUAAUUCUUGACACAAUAAAAGGUGACCAACAACAUUUUGUCCGCCGAGAUGAGCUAAAGGCUGCCUGGGAGAUUUUCACGCCCCUUCUGCACCGGAUUGAUAAAGGGGAGUUCAAGUCCCUUCCUUACAAGCCUGGAAGCCGAGGCCCCGCAGAAGCAGAUCAACUGCUGGAGAAGGUGGGUUAUGUUCAGACGCACGGCUACAUAUGGAUCCCUCCGACGUUGUAAUCGCUUGCUCAGUGCAUAUGUUCAGCUUGCGCGUUGCUGAAACGGUCUGGGUUGCAGAAAACGAUACACAAUACAGUUUAAUAACCAGAAGUCGGGAUCAAGAAGUUAUAGCAAUGAUGUAACUGCAAAAAGAAUAUUAAGAGGUAGAUUGAGCAUUCUUUUGAUUGCUUGGAGUUUAGCAUUUUUACCCUUUUGGCUUCUAAUCAUAAAUAAACACUUUGAGGUCGUAGUUGUCGUACUCCUCUUGCUGCACCUUCUGAAUUUGUAGUGCUGAAUUUCUUGGAGAGUUGGGAUAUCUCCAAUGUCACCAGGGGAUUUCCUCUAGCUCUUUGGUCUCGUUGGCUCUCCAGCGCACUAUAUUUAAGGAGUGGAGGCACAGACACUGCAGUGAGUGGAAUCCAUCUCCUUCUUCCUCUGCCUCUCCGGCUCUUUCAAACACACAAUUCCCUAUUUUGAGCAGACGUGGACUAAGUUGUCAAGAAACUCCGAGAUACCACACAUUUUAAUAUAACUAACUUUCUGAUACUGCAUGGAAAUUUGAGUUUGUUCAGAAAACGGCUACCCAAUUAUAGCUUCUGGUUAAGAUUAUAGAAACUCUUGAUUGUUGUUCAUUCUUAUGGUAUCUUGUUGGUACAUAGAUAUAGCAAUGGCGCUGAUGAGGCCAUUGAAAAGCAUCACCACUUCGAAUGAGCUACUUAAAGUGGCGGGCUGUAGAACAUUUGAGUUGUGUACAUGUUCUAAUAUGUCAUUGUGAAAA